AAACCACCAAGCAACCAAACAAGCCAGAGUGGUGAACAGUGAGGAGGGAGGACGGGGUCAGUUACCAGAUGCUUGUCCCUUGGGGAUUAUUGCUCAUCAGCCAACGUUGGUUCAAAUCCGGUGAGUGCCCACUGACUGGCUAUUGAUGACCAUGAAACGGGGUGUGAAACGCAAGGCUGAUGGCCAUCCCGAUGAGCGGGACCAUGAUGAAGGCGGUCAAGUGGGUUGGUCGAAUUUCCAGAUCGCCACCCGGCGACGCGAAUCCUUACGACUGAAAUCGCAGAUCUGCGCCACGCCCGGACUAGUGGAGAAAGCUUUGAAGGACAAGAUCCAGGUGGAGAUGUCGCUCAUCGAGGGCACGGCCAAAUUCAUCUUGGCUUGCCACAAUCAGACUCAGAGCUUAGAAGCGGGCAAAACACUUCUUGUCGCACGAUUGAGAUCCGACAUGAUGAAAUUUGAGCUCAACAAGAUCCGGCGUGGGCGGGGCAGCCCGCCCAGUAACCGCGGCAAGCCCUCUUACGCCGGCCUCAGCUUAUCCGACAUCCGAAUCCCGCUCCUAUGGCGCCGAAAAGAGCAUUUGCACGACACGGUGGAUUCACGACGAUUUGCCGUGUUCGUGGUCGCCCGCAUUGGGUCCCAAAUCUACGACACGACCCUCAUUGAGCCCGUGGAUCGUCACGUAACGGAUGUGUCCGUGCCCGAUGUGCUCUUGUUCAGUAAAGUCCCACCUUACUUCGAAAUCACCCUCGAGGUCUAUAGUCACGAAAUGGAGAAGGAAUUGGGGCGUGGCAUCACGGCCACGCCUCAAAAGAUUGUCCGUUCAAUUAGUCGCGCUGUCGGACGGACCAUGACCAAAUCUAUGAAGAACUUCGAGGACAUUGGGCCCAAAUUCGAGCUCAUCGCCUCGGUCACGUUGACCUUGGAUGAUUGUGACGAGAAGGUCAAGAGUCAUGAGCUCUAUGUGGAGGAGAGCAAUCCCAAUCAUGAUGAGGAUGAGACCCCUGCCCACCAUCAGUUGCCUCUCUUUGGCCAGAUUUGCGCUCGAUUGGCCGCUUUGCCGUACUGUUGUGAGGAGGAAGUUCUCUGCGGCAUCUUGACGAUGCGACGGAAUGGCAAACGCCGAGAAAUGUGGAGCAGUCUCAUCGACUGGAAGCUCUGUUUGUGGAAGGAUAAGAGCAAUAAGGAUGCGGCCAGAAUGCCUGAUCUCGAGAUCCCGGUCACGCGGGAUACCCAAAUACAGGAUUCGGGUGACGACAUACUAAGCGUGGCCAACAAGAAAAUCCGUUGGGAGUUUGUGUUCGAAGACAAAGAGAACCUGCACAACUGGCUCAUUCACUUGAUCCAACACGCCCACGAUCAUCGGCGAUGGAAACAAGCCGCCGAGCAACGAAUGCUGGUCUAUUCACCCCAAAACGUGACCGCCCAGCGGAGACCUUUCAAGAGAACGCGAAGCAAAUUGGUCAUGUUGUACAACGACAUUGACCGAUCCUGAGCCCGUUCCGAUAUCAGGCAUUCUCUGUUCAACAGGAGUACUACGUACCCGCAUUAACAAUACAAAUAUACCUGAAAGUGCUCGUUUUUUAAUUCAA